GCGCGGGGGGCGCGGCUGAGCCGCUCUCCCCGGCGCUGGGAGGCAGCGGCGCAGGCGGAGCGGAGCGGUGCGGGGCUCGCUGCUGCUCUCUCCCUGUCGCCGCCACAAGCCAGCGGCCGCGGCCAUGGGCGUCCCGGGCCGCCCGCUUUGUGCCGCCGCCGCCCCGCCGCCGCCCGCCGCCCCGGGCCGCUGCUGUUGAGCCGCAUGGGCCGGGCCCCGCGCCGCCGCUGCUGCUCCGUGCGGCUGAACAACCGUGUUCACUGUGGAGCUACAACUAUUGGUGAUUUGAGAUUUCAGCUCAUCUCCCGCCGUUCCUGCACAAGCAAGCACCGGAAACAUGAAUAUCCAAGGGAAAGGCUUCCCCUUGGACCUCGGGGGAAGCUUCACUGAAGAUGCUCCAAGGCCACCGGUUCCUGGUGAGGAGGGAGAACUGGUGUCCACGGAUCCAAGGCCAGUUAGCCACAGUUUCUACUCCGGUAAGAGUGAUGUGGUUAGAAAUGAGACAUCCACGGCAACACCGAGGCGCUCCGAUUUGGAUUUGGGGUACGAGCCUGAGGGGAGUGCUUCGCCAACUCCACCCUACCUGAAGUGGGCCGAGUCGCUGCACUCCUUGCUGGAUGAUCAAGACGGUAUCAACCUCUUCAGGACUUUCCUGAAACAGGAGGACUGCGCGGAUCUGCUGGACUUCUGGUUUGCCUGCAGCGGCUUCAGGAAGCUGGAGCCGUGCACAUCUAAUGAGGAAAAAAGACUCAAACUGGCAAAAGCCAUUUACAAAAAAUACAUCCUCGACAACAAUGGCAUUGUGUCCCGGCAGAUCAAACCGGCCACAAAAAGCUUCAUCAAAGACUGCGUCAUGAAACUGCAGAUUGACCCUGACAUGUUUGACCAGGCCCAAACGGAGAUUCAGUGCAUGAUAGAAGACAAUACCUACCCUUUGUUCCUUAAGUCAGAUAUUUAUUUGGAAUACACGAGGACAGGUGGGGAAAGUCCAAAAAUUUAUAGCGAUCCGAGCUCAGGGUCUGGGACAGGUAAAGGGCUACCCGGUUAUCUGCCGACUCUGAAUGAGGACGAGGAGUGGAAAUGUGACCAAGAGGCCGAGCCCGAGGCCAGCCGGGACUCGGCGCCUUCCAGCAGGCUCACGCAGAAGCUGCUUCUGGAGACGGCCACCCAGCGCGCCGCCUCGGCUCGGCGCUACAGCGAGGGGAGGGAGUUCAGACAUGGGUCAUGGAGAGAGCCUGUUAACCCAUACUAUGUCAACACGGGCUACGCUUUGGCACCAGCGACCAGUGCCAAUGACAGCGAGCAGCAGAGCAUGUCCAGUGAUGCCGAUACGAUGUCGCUGACGGACAGCAGCGUAGAUGGGAUCCCACCAUACAGACUCCGAAAGCAGCAUCGCAGAGAGAUGCAAGAAAGUGCCAAAGCAAAUGGACGUGUGCCACUACCUCACAUUCCUCGUACAUACCGAAUGCCAAAGGAUAUCCACGUUGAACCAGAGAAGUUUGCUGCAGAACUGAUCAAUCGUUUGGAAGAAGUACAAAAGGAACGUGAAGCGGAGGAGAAAUUAGAGGAGCGCCUUAAACGCGUUCGAGCGGAAGAAGAAGGUGAGGAUGCAGAUAUCUCUUCUGGUCCCUCGAUUAUCAGCCACAAGAUGCCUUCUGCCCAAGCCUUUCAUCACUUUGCUCCUCGUUACUCUGAGAUGGGCUGCGCUGGGAUGCAGAUGAGAGAUGCCCAUGAAGAAAACCCAGAAAGCAUCCUCGAUGAACAUGUACAGCGUGUGAUGAAAACCCCAGGCUGCCAGUCUCCGGGACCUGGCCGCCACUCUCCUAAGCCACGGUCCCCGGAAAGCGGCCACUUAGGAAAGCUGUCAGGGACACUAGGAACAAUUCCUCCAGGGCACGGCAAGCACGCAACAAAAUCAGGAAUGAAACUGGAUGCAGCUAAUUUAUAUCACCAUAAACACGUCUACCACCACAUCCAUCACCACAGCGUGAUGAAACCAAAAGAGCAGAUCGAGGCCGAGGCCACGCAGCGAGUGCAGAACAGCUUUGCUUGGAAUGUAGAUUCACAUAACUAUGCAACAAAGUCACGAAACUACACUGAAAACUUGGGCAUGGCCCCUGUCCCCAUGGACUCUUUAGGCUACAGUGGGAAAGCAAGUCUGCUCUCAAAAAGAAAUGUUAAGAAGACCGAUUCAGGGAAAAGUGAUGGUGCCAACUAUGAGAUGCCAGGAUCUCCUGAAGACAUGGAGAGAAACCAGAAGAUCCUUCAGUGGAUCAUAGAAGGAGAGAAGGAGAUCAGCAGGCAUAAGAAAACGAACCAUGGCUCUUCAGGUGCUAAGAAGCAGCUGUCCCAUGAUAUGGUCCGCCCCCUCUCCAUUGAGCGACCUGUUGCGGUGCAUCCGUGGGUCAGCGCCCAGCUCCGAAACGUCGUCCAGCCUUCUCACCCCUUCAUCCAAGAUCCUACCAUGCCGCCCAAUCCAGCCCCCAACCCUCUCACCCAGCUGGAAGAAGCUCGCAGGAGGUUGGAGGAAGAGGAAAAAAGGGCUGGAAAACUCCCCCUUAAACAAAGGUUGAAGCCCCAGAAGAGACCAGGCAGCGGCGCGUCCCAGCCAUGCGAGAACAUCGUGGUCGCUUACUACUUCUGCGGAGAGCCGAUCCCUUACCGUACGCUCGUCAAAGGGCGCGUGGUGACGCUGGGACAGUUCAAGGAGCUGCUGACCAAGAAAGGGAACUACAGGUAUUACUUUAAGAAAGUGAGUGACGAGUUCGACUGUGGUGUAGUCUUCGAGGAGGUGCGGGAGGAUGACACCAUCCUGCCCAUCUUCGAAGAGAAGAUCAUCGGGAAGGUGGAAAAGAUCGACUAAGCUCCAGGGCUGCCGAGGCAUGAGGACAGGACUGUGAAAGACUCUGGGACCGGAGGAGAGGGCCUGGGGCGAACGCUGGCGGUGCCACCGCCUCGGGCGAGCCCAGGGCACGGGGCGGCAGCCUGCUCCGGCGCGGAGCCUGGGCAAGCUCCGGGUUGCCGGUGGACGCCGUUUCACCCCAUGAACCUGCCAGUGGGAGCCUGGGCUCCCUCUCCAUACCGAAUAUGAGUGUAAUGUAGCAUUGUACAGUGCAUUAGAAAGUGUAAUAUGACCUUGUUUACUAAAGCUGCAUAUUUUUGAUAUAUUGUAAUAAAAGGAAAAUAUUUCCAAUGUCA